AUGAAUUCAUUCAUUAUUGUGCAUAUAUUUUCAAUCAGCUAUUGGUCGUAUCCGUUGGAUGAAGAUAUGCUUCAGUUGUUGAUCAUUGGAUAUGUCAUCUAUGAGAUUAUUCGCUUAUCCAAUUUACCAGAUGCUGGAAGUUAUGUCCCACCGCAGCAACCGCAAUCAUCACUUCCGCUCGCAAUCAUUGGGAAAGGAUUCGGUGGACAGCGUGCAAGGGUACGAGUAAGGCAGUGGUGGGGUAUAAACCUGUGA